AUGACUGGCGAGGUCAAAGCGAAGGAGGAGGCCAUCCCGCCCGCGGUCGUGGACGAUGACGACCUUGACGAGGAGGAAGAUGGGGUCGCGGAGGUGCACCCGAGCGGCGGCGACGCGAAGAAGAAAAAGAAGAAGAAAAAGCCCAAGAAAAAGAAGGUCGAGCAGAGCGACCCCCCGCGCAUCGGCCUGUCCAAAUUCUUCCACGACGGGAUCUACCCCGAAGGCGAGUUGCAGGAGUACAAGGACGACAAUGCAUGGCGUAUCACCUCCGAGGAAAUGCGGUACAACGAGCGCGUGGCAAACGAAGACCCAGAAACGACGUACCAGGACAUCCGCCGGGGGGCUGAGGUGCACAGGCAAGUGCGAAGAUAUGCCCGCAAGAUGAUCAAACCCGGAAUGUCAAUGACUGAAAUUGCGGAGAACAUUGAGAACGGCAUAAGAGCGUUGGUGGAGGAGAACGGGCUGGAGUCUGGUGUCGGAUUCCCGACGGGUCUCAAUCUGAACAACUGUGCUGCGCAUUACUCUCCGAAUGCCGGCGAUACCGUAGUGCUACAACAAAGUGAUGUCUUGAAGGUCGACUUUGGGGUACAUGUGAAAGGCCGCAUCCUGGACUCUGCAUUCACCCUCACUUUCGAACCUACCUACGAUAAACUCCUGGAGGCUGUCAAAGCUGCAACCGACACUGGGAUCAGGGAAGCAGGCAUCGACGUCCGUCUCGGGGAGAUUGGGGGUGCUAUCCAAGAGACCAUGGAGUCAUAUGAAGUCGAAGUCAACGGGAAGGCGUAUCCCGUUAAAGCGAUAGAGAAUUUGAGUGGGCAUUCCAUCAAUAAGUAUCAGAUACAUGGUGGAAAGGGUGGAAAGUCUAUAUUGUUGGUCAAGAACGACGACCAGACUAAAAUGGAGGAGGGAGAAUAUUUUGCCAUCGAGACGUUCGGUUCAACGGGACGGGGUCGUGUGGUCGAAAAUGGCGACGUUUCGCAUUAUGCACGGGUCGUGGAUGCUCCACACGUACCAUUGAGACUGACGUCGGCGAAGACACUGCUCAAGUCGAUAAACAAGAACUUUGGCACGCUUCCGUUCUGUCGACGGUACCUUGACCGGUUAGGGGAGACGAAGUACCUGCUUGCGUUGAAUCACCUGGUCAGCCAAGGGAUUGUUCAGGACUACCCUCCACUGUGUGACCAGCGGGGAGCAAUGACGGCCCAAUUUGAGCACACGAUUUUACUGCGUCCGACGAGGAAGGAGGUGGUCAGCAGGGGUGAGGACUAUUAG